GAAAUUGAAAUUCUAAUUAAUAUUUUAUAGUUGCAGGUCAAAAUUCAAAAUGUUUUUCUAGUAUUUUAUUUCAACAUACUCUCUCCGAAUGUAAUCUGACAAUUAAUCAGCAUUCAGUAAUUAUUGAUCAUGGCAGUUUCGCAAGUUUCUCUUUACGAAAAACUUAUGAAAAACACUCAGAUGUCACGGUGGCGAAAAAUUGUCGCUGAAAAUUUAGACUUGGAUUAUUGCGAGAGAUUUCUGACAGCUGCCGAGAGUGCUGCUCUGCUGAAUUACAUGGAAGACAACGUGAGUUACUUCGACGGUCGUCUGUCGCAAGUGAAAGUAUUUGGACAAUAUUAUUCCAUACCCAGACAGCAGGUUGCAUUUGGCGACACGGGCAUAUCUUAUAAGUUUUCUGGUACUGUCGUGCCAGCACAACCAUGGCCGCAACCGUUAUACGAUCUGAAGAAAAAAAUAUUCACUGCCCGUGGAGUUGAUUACAAUUUUGUUCUAGUCAACAGAUAUAAAAAUGGAGAGGAUCAUAUGGGUGAACACAGAGACGACGAAGUAGAAUUGGACAAAACAGUACCCAUUGCGUCUAUAUCUUUGGGGCAGACAAGGAAAUUUGUGUUUAAACAUACAGAUGUAAGGAAGAAAAUAAGACAAGUAGAACUUAUAAAAUUAGAUUUACAUAAUGGCAGUCUUUUAAUGAUGAAUCAGCCUACAAAUGAAUAUUGGUAUCACUCGAUUCCCAAAGAAAAAAAAGCAAAAAACAUUAGACUGAAUUUUACAUUCCGUAAAAUCAAAUAGAUAAAUAAAAAAAAUAUAUUUGUACAUUAUAGGUACUGUACAAUUUUAAUUUAUACUUGCAUAAUACAAAUAUAUUACGUAUAACAUAAAUAUUUUUAAGAUAUUCAACUCAAAUAUUAUUUUAUUUUAACUACUUAUAUCAAUUAAAAUUAUUUUAUUUUAUUUACAUUAUGUACCAUGUUACUUUUAUUAUGACCUACCUAUAUAAUUCAUUUUUAGAUAAUUAAAACAAGUUGACUCUUAAAA